GACGCGGUUUCUGGAGAUACCAAUCACUCAGCCCGAUAACAGUCGACAAGCCUGUUGUUGCUAGUUGUUUAACAAAAUCGACUUCUUUCCCCCCUCAUCCUUUCGCUGGUCUUCUCCCUCACUCCUUUCUCCUUCGUUCCGAGAAGGCUGCCAGACGUCACGUGUCGCAACCUUUACAUGCUGCUGUGAUUAAAUCUUUCUAAUCUCACCGGUCCUUGGUCCCUUCUCGUGGUUCCUCUUAACGGCUGCGGCCAUUCCUUUUCUCAUCCGACGCUACCACAAUGAAGGAAUCGCAUACAGAGAAGCACCCGAGCUCCGGCGACGCGAUGACCGCCGAGCUCGGUAGCAUCCGGAAUGUUGACUCCGAAGAUAAGAUGGGUCACCUGCAUCGGAGGCUCAACAAUCGCCAAAUUCAGCUCAUCGCAGCAGGUGGCUCCAUUGGAACGGCACUCUUCAUCAGCAUCGGCGGUGGUCUCGCCAAAGGUGGCCCCGGCAGUUUGCUGAUUGCUUAUACCGUCUAUACCCUAAUUCUCGCCCUCGUCAAUAACUCUGUUGCUGAGAUGAACACCUAUAUGCCCGUCGCAGGUGGCUUUGUCCGUCUCGCUGGGUAUUGGGUUGAUGACGCACUUGGGUUUCUCGCCGGAUGGAACUUUUUCCUCUACGAAGCCAUCUUGAUCCCUUUUGAGAUUACUGCUCUCAACAUCGUCAUUUCAUUUUGGAGUGACGAGGUAGUUAAACCAGGACCGACAGCGGGGAUUUGUGCUGCCGUGAUCAUUCUUUAUGGAUUGAUCAACGUCCUCGCGGUACGGGGUUAUGGCGAAGCUGAAUUUUGGCUUUCCGGAGGCAAGCUGAUAUUGAUCUUCAUGCUUUUCGCUUUCACAUUUGUGACUAUGGUCGGCGGCAACCCUCAACGUGAUGCAUACGGCUUCCGUCACUUUACGAACCCUGGCUCGUUUGCAACGUACCUAUCGGGCGGCGACCUGGGUCGCUUCGAAGGGUUUCUUGCCGCACUUUUCAGUGCCUCCUUCACCGUCGUCGGUCCUGAAUACAUCUCCAUGGUAUCUGCUGAAGCCCAACGCCCAAGCAUCUAUAUCAAAUCGGCAUUCAUUACCGUCUACUACCGGUUCUGUAUCUUCUUCGUCAUUGGCGCACUGGCUGUUGGCAUCGUAGUUCCGUACAAUCACCCGACCUUGGUCAAUCUCUACUUUGGGGACGGUGGUGGCGGCACUGCUGCGGCUUCUCCGUAUGUGAUUGCCAUGGAGACCCUCGGUAUUGGUGUGCUUCCUCACAUCGUCAAUGCACUCAUCCUUACGUCUAUCUUCUCGGCUGGCAAUACCUACACCUACUGUGCCACUAGAGCGCUCUACUCGCUAUCCCUCGAAGGACGAGCGCCUCGUUUCCUUCGCCGCUGUAACAAGAAUGGAACUCCCAUCUACUGUUUUGCCAUUGUCAUGCUAUUCCCGAUGCUAUCUUUCCUCCAAGUUAGCAGCAGUUCUGCCGUUGUUAUUACGUGGCUAACUGCGCUUAUCACGGGAGGCGGGCUGAUCAGCUUCAUCAUCAUGUCGAUCACGUUUAUCAACUAUCACAAGGCUUGUGUCACUCAGGGAGUUGACCGCAAAACCCGACCCUACUAUGGAUAUUUCCAGCCUUACGGUGCAUAUAUUGCUUUGGGAUUCCAACUACUCAUUCUCUUGGUGUACGGUUACUACGCGUUCCGUCCGUGGUCAGUAGAGCUGUUCUUCCAGAGCUACACUAUGCAGAUCCUAGCUGUCGUUCUGUUUUGUGGAUGGAAGCUUUUUAAGAAGACUAGAUACAUAAGACCUCACGAGGUCGAUCUUGUUUGGGAGCGGCCUUUGAUCGAAGCCUAUGAAGACUCCCUAGUUGAUCCACCAGUUGGCUUUUGGACUGAAAUGGCGCAAAUGGUUGGACUCCGAAGAAACAAGGUAGACUUUCGUUAAUCCCUCUAUGGCCAAGAGAAGCUGACCUUGUUAGGUUCAAUAACUCUCUUUUACAGCAAAUCUCAUACAAGAUACCUUAAGAUAUUAAGAUCCCAUAUAUUCAUUCAUUCAUGCUUCUGCCACCGGCGUGGAAAAGCUUGUAGCACUCUAAACUCAUAGUGAUUGUCCUGUUCACUAUGCGCAUGAAUUUGCGCUACUGGCCUGCAAGGCCUGAUCGGCCGCGAGUCUGGAAAAGAGGAUGGCAGGGGAUAUUGCUCAGAUGGAGCACAACCCAGAGAACGCAAGAUCCACAGAAAAAUGACUGGAAUCUAAGAAAGAGAAUUGGCAUACAAAGAGUGAUCAUUGCAGUUCUUAAGGACACAG